UGUCCAUCGUCUCUUCCGCAUGUUUCAUCGUAGCCGAGGCCCUCGUCGUGCUCAGCACGUGGAGGCAUACCUACGGCAUGAAGAAGCUCGCAAGGCAAGUCGAUCAAGAGGUCUCGCUGACAUACCUCCUCCUUAGAGACGGUGCGAUAUACUUCGUUAUGGUGCUCUUGUUGGAGGUGUUCGCUACUAUUGGCCAAUAUGUAUCGGUCUUCGCAGGCGUCCCUGGGUUCACAUUCGCGCUCGAGACGGUCGUCCUCUCACGAUUCAUUCUCAAUCUUCGACGUGCUGCUCUUCGGCUAACGAUUGAAAACGGACCCGGGAGAGGAUCGACUUCGUCAUCCGCUUCUGACCCUCUUGUCUCCAUCUCAGAGCUCCAGUUCAACUCGCGCAUUCUCGGCAGCCUCGGUGGUUCCUUGGCGUUCGGCUCGAGCGAUGAUGACAAGACAGGCAGCGCGGAUGAAUCGCUGGAUGUGGAGGAGGAUGAAGAGAUUACGAUGGAUGCAAUCACGCAAGAAGAGCGGUGUAUAUCCGUCUCAUGAGUUGGAGUUGUGCACCUUCCA